UCGACUGGCAGUUGAUUCACACACUGAAUUUCAAAUACAGAUCAAACAUUUAAAAGCGACUCGAAAAACCACUCAAAAAACACAAAAAUGGAUGCUGACGAAAGCUUUCUGACUCAACGUUCGCUGCUCAUGGAUGUGAUGAAGCAUCUGGAUGACCUUCAGAAUGCCAAUAAAAUGGACACUGGCACCAAGGGCAAGGAGGAGAAAAAGCCGGAGGUAGACCCUUCCGAAGGGGUUACCAACACCAACUUCACGGUGAUUGCCCGCGACAUUCGCAAGAAAUCCUCACGAUUCUUUAAGAGAGUGCAAAAGAUGUCGAAUAUCAAUCAAAUAUCCUUCAUGCGCCAAGUGGACGUGUCGCCAAAGGAUCGAACCGAAGCUCGACGAGAUCGCGAAAUUGUUGCAGACAGUUUCCGCAGAUUGGGCAACGAGGAGUACCGCCGCACCAACUAUGAAAAGGCCGUUUACUAUUACUCAAAGGCAAUUCAGUAUGUGUCCCACUCGCCAGUUCUUUAUUGCAACCGGGCUCUGGCUAGAAUAAAGAAAAGAGAAUUCAAACUGGCGCUUUUUGACCUGGACUAUGUCAUCUUCAAACUCGAUCCGAUCCAUUUGAGGGCCUGGCUCUACAGAGCAGGAGCUCUUGCGCGUUUGAACAAUGAGUCGGAGUUUGAAAUCGCUAUCGCCAAUGCCAGACUGCUUAACAGAUCGCCGAAGGAUCAAAAAUACAUCGACUAUUUCCUGGAGAAAUUUAAAACUGAAUUUUAGAAUGCACAGCAGAACUAUUUGCUUCUUUCUCAGGCGUUUGUAUCGCGAGUGAAAUUUGGAAAUCAUUUUCAUCUGAACUAACUUGUGCAGAGCAAUAAAAGCAUAUCAAGCAUA